AUGAAACAGCAGCAGCAGCGCAACACCAAUAGCAGCAGCGGCAGCAGCAACGCCAAAAAUACUAGCAGCAGCCAAAAAUACCAGCAGCAGCAGCACCAACAGCAGCAGCAGCACCAACAGCAGCAGCAACACCAACAGCAGCAGCAACAAAAACACCGACAGCAGCCAAGCCACCAGCAGCAGCAGCAGCAACACCAACAGCAGCAGCAACAACACCAGCAGCACCAGCAGCAACAACACCAGCACCAGCAGCAACAACACCAGCAGCAGCAGCAGCAACAACAGCAGCAGCAGCACCUGAGAGGUGUGUCUGGGCAGGAGCUCGUAGGCGUCGCUGGGCUGCAGCGGCUGCUGCUCUCCCUUUUUGAUUAG